GAUAGGCGGGAACGGAAGACUCCGAGGCCGGAAGUGGGCUGACGUAGCCGGAAGGGGCGCUUUGGUCGCCUGGUGUGUUGAUGUUUUCAAGCUGCCGGAGCUUCUGCGGCGGAGAGAACAGUCGGUGUAAGGAUGGUGUGCGAAAAAUGUGAAAAGAAACUUGGUACUGUUAUUACUCCGGACACAUGGAAAGAUGGUGCAAGAAAUACCACAGAAAGUGGUGGAAGAAAACUGAAUGAAAAUAAAGCCUUGACUUCAAAAAAAGCAAGAUUCGAUCCCUAUGGAAAGAAUAAAUUCUCCACUUGCAGAAUUUGUAAAAGUUCUGUGCACCAGCCGGGUUCUCAUUACUGCCAGGGCUGUGCCUACAAAAAAGGCAUCUGUGCGAUGUGUGGAAAAAAGGUUUUGGAUACCAAAAACUACAAGCAAACGUCUGUCUAGAUGUACUGAUAAAGUUUCUGGCUUGUGUAAUUUUACUUUCUGCUUUGAAUUUUCAAGGCAAAAUGUAGAUGUUUAACUUGCAGAGUAAUCUGUUUCAAGACAGGUGAUUAAAUUUAAAACAGGGCAAUUGAUCCUCAUUCUUUCUUUCCUUUUUUUUUGAGACAGGGUCUUGCUACGUAGCUCAGGCUGGCCUUGAACUCACAGUGAUACUCCUGCCUCAGCAUCCCAAGUGCUACAAGCAUUCCUCCUUUGCUCUUAUGCUCUCAAAAGUUUUUCUUUUUCUUUUUCUUUUUUUUUUUUUUUUUUUUGACACAGGGUCUCACUAUGCAGUUCAGGCUGGCCUUGAACUCACAGCAAUCCUCCUGCCUCAGCCUCCCAACCGUUGAGAUUACAGGCAUGCACCUCCAUGCCUAGCUCUCAGAAAAUUCUGAAUAACUACUCUUAUUUUAAGUGGUUAUUUUCCUUACAAGCAUUUUAUUGAAAUAGAAUAAAAUGAAUGAAAUUUAAUAAAAAGCAUUCUAAGUUUUCUGUGUACUUUUAACAUUUAUAUUAUUCUUAUCCCCUUCAUUUACUUUCUUUGUAGAUAUUGAAAGAAUGAGGAAAUUGUUGAUAUUUUGUUGUGAACUGGGUAUGUGGACUUAGGCUUCUUCCCUCGGAUUCCCUUAUUGGAGGACUAGUUCUUUGAAUCAGCAGUCCCUUAGCUGCAGUUUCCUAGGAUUGAUGCUUAAGGCUGUCUCAGUGAAUGGUCCCCUAGUAAUUAGUCCAGGCCUAAAUCAAAGACAAGUUGGAUUUGUGAUUUAUUAUAAAUUUGUUUUGAAGCCAAAGUGGCAGUUCCUUUCCUUCAUGUGUAAACAAGAACAUGUAUCCAGAUAAAUACACUGAAUUUCAGAAAACGUAUUUGAAUUUAGAUUGUCAUGAAAGCCAUGAGACCAACAUUCAGCCAUGCUCAUGUGUAACAAAAAAGGGAUCCUGUCUUUGAGAAAUCUCUUUGAAAUAGACAACUAACCUUUUUUUGGUACCUCCUCCCCAUCCCUCAAGGAAAUAAAUAGAACAAAGCAAAUGUAUUGAUUUUUUUUUUUUUAAACAUGAUGUAGACCGUAAAGGGACUACUCUGAGGUUUCAAAUGAGAAUUUUUCUUGUGCUACCUUCAUAGUUAAAGACUUCUAAAACUUCUAACCUACUGUAGAAAACCGAAAAUGCAGACUCUUUAUUUCUAACUGCCGUAUGUAUGAAUAUGUGAUACUAUAAGAUACAUAGACUACAAUGGAUAAUGGAUAAUAACGCGGUAUAGAUUUUACAUUUUUAUUGUUUUAAAAUUGCUGUAAUAGUUAGAUUUUAACUGUACAAUUUAUCUACAAGGUUUUUCAUAUAGUGUUUCUAGGGUAUAUUAUUAUUUAUGCCUAUCUAGAAAGAUUGCAAGGAUAAUGCAAAAUAUAAUAAAUAAUAUCUUUGAGGACAAAA